AUGUGUUUCUCAUUAUUUUCAAGUGAUGAUAAAGGUAAUGAUUAUCCUUUGAGACUCGACAAAACAAUUAUCGAACAAACAAAAUCAUUACGAAGAUUGAAAUUCCAAAGAAAUUAUUUUAUUUUUUCUUUGCUGGAUUUAACUGAUAUUCAAACAGCUUAUGAAGCUUAUGAAGCAACAAACAAUAAACUAGUUCAGCAGAACUUAGAAUUAUCUAAUGAGAUUGCAGCAAAUAUCGCUAAAUUUUCAAUUUUAAUCGAUUCAAAAAUGCAAAAAACCGAAAUUUCUGAAAUAAAAAGUGAAGAUUUUUCAUUGAAAUUACCAAAAUCAUUUACAAAACAAAAUGAAAUAAUUGAUCAUGUGAAAGAACUUGUACAAGCACAGAAAGAUGAAGAUGUAUUUAUAUUGAUCAAAAACGCUAUAGAAUAUAUAAAAAACAUUACAGGAUUUGCGACAAAAAAUUUUGAAGUUGAAAUAACUUCAACAAAUUUUGGAGAUACACAAACAUUAAAAGCUGAUAUAGAAGUCACUCCUUUAUGUAUUAGAAUAUUUUCAAAACAAACAGGUGAACUGUUACAACGUGUAUCUUUCACAAAAAUUAUUGAUUUACAAAAUAUUGGAGAUUAUAUUGAUUUGACAUUUUAUCAAAACACGAAAGAAAUGAGGUACGAAAUCAACUCAGAGAAUGCAGAAGAGAUUAAAACAAUUAUACAGGAAAACUUGCAUGUGUUGAACCAAAUAGUUACUGUAAGAUAUAAAUACCAAGCUUAUUUGAUUGCAAAUGGAAUUCAAGGUAAAAAUAGAGUUGAUUUAUUUACUUGCCGCGACACUUUUUUGAAUGAAACUCAACAACCGAAAUUUUCUUAUGAUUUGGAUGCUUCCGGAUAUGUUUUAGUACAAGUUGCAGAAAUUAAUUUAGGUAUACCACAUAAUGAUGAUAAUGUUUGUUUGAUGCAUAUUUCAGAUGAAAUUUACAAAUGGAUGAAUUUAAGUAAAAUUUCCGCAAUUUAUCAUUUACAAAAUGGAAUGGGAAUUUGCAUCAUGAACAGAACACAGGAAAUAUAA